AUGGUCUUCGCGCCGAAGCCCGUGGCGCACGACGCCUUGCCGUCCCAGACCGGGCCCGCGAUGUCGACCCAUUAUGGAAAUAAAAAUUUCACGGCGCCUUCGUGCUGAAUCGCCGCGUCGACCUUCACGCCAUCGACGCAACGCCGGCUCGAUGGCGCGGCCGUGAGGGUCGCGCACCCGACUCACGGGUUGAUAUACGCGCAGGUCGCCGCAGACCACGUGACGGGCGACGGCAAGUACACGGACAAGCUUCAGUUCAUGUUCGAGAAUGCGGACGGCGGCGACGACUGCGAGGUCUCGGGCUGCUCCGUGUCGCAGGUGGCCCGCGGCGUCCAUGAAGAUUGCGCCCCGGCUUUGGUCACGCGUCCGCGCAGGUCACGUCCGUGAUCGAUAGAAGCACGAACUACUGCAACCUCUACAAUUUGUACUGCGGCGGGAACGUCGGCUGUCAAGUAGCGCAGACCGAUCUUACCGCAAUCCCCCUCGACAAGAAGACGUCGCUGGGCGCGGGGAAGAACAAGUUCAAGUGCCGCAGCGGAAAGAAGCGUGAGCUGUAG